AAAUCUAGAAAAAAUCAUUGAAUUUACAAAUUCAUAUUUAAUUAUGUGCAUCAGGCAGCACUGCGCAAUUUCUCAUUACAUAAAGAAACAGUUCCUCGGUGUCAGCUCUUUUUACUAGUUUUGCUGUGCUAUCCUCUGAAAGAAAAACCAUGUAAACGAAAGCGGGAGUAUCUGAUUACAAAUAUAAAAACAAACAUUGUGCGUUAGUACGGUAUUGAAAGCAGCAUGUAUAAACGCUACUGAGGGAAAAUCUUAUACUAGAAAAUCCUGCUAAACAGACACAGACAACUCUUUUGGAUACUUCGAUAUUUUUAGUGGAUAAAUAAGAAAAAUAAAACAUUUAUAGACAACUACAACGAUUACUUUGCCGGCGACGUCGGUCAAAUAAGCUUUGAUCAUGUCGGUGCAACAGUUUUGUUUGCGCUGGAAUAACCAUCAACCGAAUUUCAUUUCGGUAUGUUCUUCGUUACUCCAUAAUGGCACUUUAGUGGACGUCACCUUAGCAGCAGAAGGUCGACAACUACAAGCCCACAAAAUUGUACUCUCUGCUUGCAGCUCAUAUUUUCAAACACUAUUUACAUCGAAUCCCUGUCAACACCCAAUUGUAAUACUUAAAGAUGUCCAAUAUGAUGACCUUAAGACUAUGGUUGAUUUUAUGUACUAUGGAGAAGUGAAUGUAUCACAAGAGCAGUUACCACACAUUCUAAAAACGGCUGAGAUGCUUAAAAUCAAAGGACUUGCUGAAAUGCCCACCGAUCCUGCCAAUUUAACUAAAUCUGAAAGUAAAUCAUCGAAUGAACCCACCGAUUUAGUGGGUAGCGGUAGUACUGGCAGCAAUGGCCAAAGUAGCAGUGGUGUUAAUAGCGGCGGCAUGGGUAGUAGUGCUGGUGGUAGCAUAAAUGAGACGCUCUGGGAGCCGCAGCAUCACCAUGGUCAGCACAGUGAAACCCAGUUUCAAACCCAUCCCCAUCAACAACAACAAAAUAGCCAAACGCAAACAUCACAACAGCAGCAACAGCAACAUCAUCAAUUAAGACGUACUCCCUCACCAUUAGGUGCGGGAGCUUCACCGGCAACUAGACGAAAACGACUUCGGAAAUCUUCAAAUAAUGGAUCUGGCGAUCGCACCAAUUCGGACGAGCAACAUACUUCUUUGGACAGUGGAAAUAAUACUGGCGGCAUAAGUCUUACACAGAUGGGACAGAUGUCUUUUGGCACCACAGGUGGUACCAUCAGUGGCAUGCCAACUCACACACUACACGCUACAAAAUUGUUGAAAGAAUCAUCUAGCACUGAGGUUGAACCACAUCCACAGGAUGAUAGCUUGGACGGUGGUCAUGGACAUGUACACAUGCAAAUUAAACCUGAAGUCGACAUGAGCAGCGUACAACAAUCGAUGCCAUUGGACAUAUCUGCUGCUACAACUCCUUCAGAGCAUGAUGCACCAAAUUCUCAAUCAUCUCAUUCUGAUAUAUCACAGCCGUCAAAUGCUAACGUCUCCACAAUUGUCGCACAGCCAGAAUGUUCACCACGCGCUGUUAAUAUGGCAAUGUCACCGUCACCGACCAGCCUGCUCUCUCAACAACAACAACAGCAUUCGCCAGUACAAUUGCAACAUCAACAUUCGCAACAACAACAGCAAAUGGGUACGAAACGGAAUCGUGUACUAACACGACAACCGCGUGUUAAACGCGAUAGUGAUAGUCUAUCAAAUGCACAGGUUUCACCGGAACCCCACCAAGGAAGUGGUGUCGAUUUCGAUCCCUUUAGCAAUUCGCCCGGUGGUAGUUCACAUUCAAACUACAUCCCGGCACAUGCGCUACAAUUGCAUCCCAGUCAUCAUCACCUACUGACAGUGCCGACGCGUAUUGAACGUCAUUCAUCCGAACCGGCGCCCAGUUUGACACCAUCGUCACCCCAUUUGCUCUCUGUACCGCAGAGUACACCAUUUCUGAUGAAACAACAUUCGGAUCCAUUACUGCCCACGCAACAUUCACUUAGUGGCGCUGGCGCAUUAAUCGUUGGUGGUGGCACAAAUCCGUUUGCACCGCUACAUCGUCAGUAUUCACAUCCACUAUCUUGUACAACCAGUGGCGCUAACAGCAGUGCCGGUACUAGUCAUAUCACCAGCGUUCCAUUACAUCAUUCACACCACAUAUCACUACCCGAAUCGAUGUACACGUCCGGCGGUUCGCCACCACCAGUUGGCUCGUCGCAAUACGUGGUGCCACAACAAAUUGUGUCUAGCGGUAGUAGUGGCACGUCGAAUGAGAUAGUCGGCGCGGGGAGUGCUUCAUCGGCUAGUCCGUCAAAAGUGCUCAGCAUACCACAUUUCACCACUACUUAUAUUGAUGACGGCGAUGCACGUGGCCGUAACAAUUCACCAAGUACCCAUUCAUCUAUGGGCGGCGUACAUACUAAUACGUCGACUAUUAGUUCGGCACCCUUGGAGCGUGUUCGUUCAGCGGAAUCGAAUACACCACCGCCAACAACAACAAGCAAGAUUCGUAGUUCGAAAUCAACAUCUAGUGUUAUGCUAUCGGAACGUAUGAGUAGUUUACAUCCUGGCGCUGCAGCUAUGGGCAGCAGUUCAUUUGAACACUUGCCUUCGUUGCGCGUAAAGAGCGAGGAAUUGCAAAGAUCAGUGUCUUCUCCACAAACCUCUCAGGAGAUCAUCACAUUGGAGAAUCCUCGCUCCAGUCAUUGUCCUGUUAUACGGCCCGGGCCGGCACUGGGCUGUAAUUUUUGUUGGAACACUAUAGAUGGACAUGGUAGAAUUUUGCGGCGCAAAACCAAAUACCACUGUCCCGAAUGUCAAACGAAUUUAUGCAUUGUACCAUGUUUUCAGGAGUAUCAUGAGCGGCAAAACAAUGAAGCGGCCAAUACUUCAACCGGCAAUGAUGGCAAUAGUAGUAAAUCUUACUCAGGUACCACCGGCAGGAGUGGCAAUAGUGGCAGUGGCGGUAAUAGCACACGGCUAUAUUCCAAAACUGAAUCCAUUUGAAAGCGCUAAAUGCUGCAGAUGAAACUUUGAAAACUAUUUAUUGUUGAACCAGCAGCAGCAGCUGUAGGAGAUCAAAAAAAAUUGUUGUUUGUAAGGUGGGCUAAGUUAACCUUUGACUUUGGUUCAAAGGUGUGCAUCUUAUAAGUCCCACCUAUUAAUAAAAAAAAAAACUUAAACAUAUUAUCUGAACUCCACUAGUGCAAAUUGAAUUUGCAUGGAGUGCACGAUAUUAAUAUUUGUAUUCGAAAAACGAAAAAAAAAUCGCUGAAAAUGCAAGAAACUAAAGAGGUUAUGUACUUGAAGACAGAUUUGUACCAACGUACAAAUUGCAAUUUUGUCACUUGAAGACUUGUUGCUGUGCAACAAAGUCCAUUUUAAUGCACUACAUACAGCAUGAUGCAUGAUGAAUUUUGUCAGUGCAAUUGGUAGAAAUGUACAUAUGUAUGUAUAUGGCGAUGAAAACUUUUUUGUGAAUCUUUUUGGUAUAUAUAUGUAUGUAUGUAUUUAAUGAGCGCGAGCUUAGUGCAUACGUUGUUUACGCACCAAGCAUUGGUACAAAGGAAAUAUUUAUAUUUUUCACAUAUUUUAUCUUUAAAAUGAACAACUCACUUUUUGAAUGUAAGACGUUUUAAUGGAAAAAAAGCGAAACUUAUCAUAUGCAUACUUAUAAAAUAGGUUUUUGUUAAUUGUUGCCACAAACACAAUUCAGCGGGCACGCACACUCCUCACACACUUCAACAAAGAAAAUGCAGUUUUGAGCUAUUGAGGAAACCACCUUUGGGGCCUCAAUUAAAAAAACAGCGUGCCAUAUUGUCAUUUAUUACGUGAGCGUGAUGAUUUGGUUAUUGCAUUGUAAACUUAAAGAAGUAAUCUAAACAUAUGUACAAAUGUAUGUGCGAGUACUGGGGGUUUUUUAAAUAGACAUAUAUUUAUUUUAAGCAUUAUUAAUUACUUAUGUAUGUAUAUGUACAUAUGUAGGUUAACCUAUAAAUUUAUAGCGAAAGCUGUUUGGUUUAAUUUUGGCUCAGUUUAUUUAAAGCAUACAUUUCUAAACACUUUUUUGCUUUGUUUUACUGUGAGUUGUUAAACAAAACAGUCACUUUGGGUUACUGUAUCCAAAAUAUGUCGACAUACAAUUUCUAAAAUUAAUAUGCAUUACAAAAACAAUGCAAUUUGUUUUUUUGUUUUGUUAAAAUCUCAAGUAGCCGACAUUUUUUUAGUAAAUUUGUGUUUCGAAUUGAGUAAUUUUUCAAAAUUUGGUACAUACAUUAUGUGAAAAUUAUGGCUAGAACGAACGACCGUUAAUAAAACGCAAUAUAUUUCUAUACUGCUAUGCAUAUAUGUAGCUGCUUUUUUAUUUAAUUUAUGUUAUGCUAAAUUUUACAGCGAAUUGUAGUUUUUUUAAUUUGUAACAUUUCGAUAAAUUUUAAAAUGAAACCGAAACACACUUGUUUCUAAUAUUUUUUAUUAAUUUAAAAAUUCAUAUCAAAUUUAUAAAGAAUACACUAACUACUUUCGAAAAAAAAGUUUAAAUUUUUUUUAAUGUAGCACUUUAAUUUACUUAAAUGCUUCUUAAGCAUUUCGGCAAGUGCGUUGUGUCGUUUUAACGAUAUUUUCUUUAAAUAUGAAAUUCUAAAAAUUAAAAUUUAUUUAUAUUAAUUGUGUAAGAUAUUUUUAAUUAUAAAAAUAAUAAUUUUUGGAAUAUUACUUUUAACGUAAUUUUCAAAUGUUUUUAUGUUUAUUUUGUUUAUGAAAAUUAUAUUUAAUAAUUUUAACUUGCUCAAACUUAACUUUAAUGACAGUGCUUUGCAUUAUUAUAUUUAAUUUUUUAUUUAGUUUAAUUUUUUGAACCAUAUAAAAACUAAUGCUAACUUACAAAUUGAACAAUAAACGAAAAAUAUGCUGUUUAACAGUCGCCAGGUACCCACCAAAACACUAAGAGCCUAAAACUUUAUUGUUAGAUUGUUUUUUAAACAACAUUUGUCAGAUUUUUUGUUUAUUUCUACAAAACAAUGCAAUUGGUAUUAACGUUUUUUUCAAUAGUGGUUA